AUGACUAUCAGGGAGAUCCCCUUUGGUAUCCGCAAGCCAUGCGGAACAGAGACCGAAUCCGACAAACAACCGGAAAAUGCGAAGACGGUCGAGAUCGUGACAGAUGGAGCUCCUUUGGCGAUGGAAUUUUGGAGAAAUACUUUAGCUGGAUGUGAAUGCGCGCCAUACCCGACCUUACCACCGUUUGUUGAUCAGCCGGUCGCGGACAAAGUCGUCGAGUACCAGUUCUCGGAACCCUUAAUGGCCGUGAAUGGUAUCUCUACAGCGACGCUAGUGCGUGCAGCAUGGAGCCUGAUCACCGCUUCUAUGACUGACUCAAAUGACAUCGUGUUCGGCGCAACAUCAUCAAGCGGUAACACAACAACGCCCGUGCGUGUGAUGAUUGAUCGCAAUCAAAAUGUUCAGGACUAUCUGGAAGAAGCCGAAAAACAAGCGACGGAGAGUAUUCCCUUUGGGGAAGUCGGAUUGGACCGGAUUUCGAAGGCGUCUCCAGACUGUCAAAAGGCUUGUCUGUUCCAGACGGUUCUUAUCCAGUCUCAGGAGGUGGACCUCUUGGAACAAUUCAGCAAAUAUGGCCUUACCAUCCAAAUUCAUCCUGCUGGGGCCCAUGUUCACUCCAGAGCCGCCUUUGAUACGCGGGUGAUCGAACCUGCACUUGUGUUCAAGCUACUUCACCGACUCGAAUUUGUCACACAGCAGCUCAGCAGUGCAAACUCGGACUUAGCGCUGUCAGAUCUGGAGAUUCUACCCCCACUGGACCUGAACCAGAUACGGGAAUGGAACAGCGCUGUUCCACCAGUCAUUGAGCGAUGUAUCCAUGAUAUCGUCCUGGAAAGGGUGCAGGCUAAGCCUGAAUCACAGGCUGUUUGCGCAUGGGAUGGCGAGUUAACAUAUCGCGAGCUCGACAGUCUUUCAACCCAGAUCGCAUGGCACCUCGUUGGACUCGGUGUUAGGCCCGAAAAGGUCGUACCAUUAUGUUUCGAGAAGUCAAUGUGGACUGUUGUGGCAAUGCUGUCUGUUCUCAAGGCCGGUGGGACUUUUGUUCUUCUCGACCCUGGACUGCCCGAAGGUCGCGUUCAGAGUAUCUGCGAAAAGGUGCAAGCGGAGACUGCCAUCACCUCCCCAACUUGCCAAAACCGGCUGUCUCCCUUCGUGCAUCAUGCAGUCGUUCUCUCCAACCACACAAUUGGGUCUCUGAAGUCACAAAUUCAUGAAACGUCGCUAGAGAUGCCCAAAGCCAUUCCGAGCAACUCUGCCUAUAUCAUUUUCACGUCGGGAAGCACUGGAGAGCCGAAGGGCUGUGUCAUCGAGCACCGAUCUUACUGCUCGGCAGCUUUUGGCCAUGGAAGGAUAUUGGGCAUGACCAGCGAAGUGCGCGCCCUACAAUUCGGCUCCUACAACUUUGCCGGGGCCAUCAUGGAGAUGGUCAUGACACUCAUUUACGGAGGUUGCAUCUGUAUUCCAUCUGACGAGGACCGCAGCGUCAACCUGGCACGAGCAAUCACUAGGUUGAACGCGAACUGGGCCUUCUUGACAGCUACGGUACUGGCUCUCCUUCGCCCAGAGGAUGUGCCGUCUCUGCAAACCAUUUGUGUUGGUGGUGAGCCCAUCCGGAGCUCUCAGAUUCGCGAAUGGGCCACCAAGGUCCAGUUGCGGCAGACAUAUGGCAGUGCAGAGACCGCGGCUGUUGUCUCAUCGGCUGGGUUGGAUGCAUCCUCAGUCGUGACCAGCGUCGGAAAGGCGACCACAUCCAGGUGUUGGCUUACCAGCCCAACGAACAUCAACCAGCUGGUCCCUAUUGGAGCGCCUGGUGAGGUCAUUUUCGAAGGACCAGUGAUCGGACGACACUAUAUUGGCAACCCAGAAAAAACCUCCGAGGCCUUCAUCAAGGUGCCGUCCUGGAGACCAGCUCUCGGUCCUAUUGCAGCUUCCUCGCGGUUCUACCGAACCGGUGACCUUGCAUCGUAUAGAAGCGAUGGCUCGAUUGAACUCCUAGGAAGAAAGGACACCCAGGUCAAACUUCGAGGCCAGCGGAUCGAGCUUGGUGAAAUCGAACACCAAGCACGACUAUCUUCGCCAGAGCUGAAGGAAGUCGCUGUUGAGCUUACUGUUCUCGGCGGCAGCGGCCCAAAAUUGAUUGGCUUCUUGGUACUCAAGGGCAAUCAAGCACAGCCAAGUGAGGGUGGCUUGGUUCUUGAUACACAGACCAAGAAUGUUCUUCAGACUGCGAGAAGCCACCUCGAAAGAGUUUUGCCGCAUUAUAUGGUUCCUUCGGUGCUUCUACCCAUCCCAAGCCUUCCGCUCACAGCAUCUGGGAAGACAGACCGAAGAAUUCUGCGACAGAUGGGUUCGUCACUCACCGCAGAACAGAUUCAGGCACUGCAGCCCAGAGCGGAGGGUGAAAAGCGACAGCCAAGCACACAAACCGAAAAGCAGCUGCAGAAAAUUUGGUCGGAGGUGCUCAAAAUCGACCCGGCCACCAUUGGCCUUGACGACGGUUUCUUCCAGCUUGGUGGAGACUCUGUUAGCGCCAUGAAGGUCGUCAGUCAAGCUCGCACAUUCAGGAUCAACCUCAAGGUCGCGGACAUUUUCCGCCAGGACACUCUUGUGGAGUUGGCUGAGCAGCAAUCAUCGAACGCGGAAGAUUCAUCUGAGAAGCUUGACUCGGUUGUUCUUUUAGAACCAUCAGUCAAACCCAUCCUGCUUGAGGAGAUUGACGCGAUGAAUAUCGGAGUCCGUUCGGAAGAUGUUGUCGAACUCUACCCUCUGACCGGCGUUCAAGAGACGCUAGUGGCUGCUGGUGUCAUCUUUGGACAGAUGGCCGACUACUUCUAUCUUGAUCUCGAUGCAGAUCUGAGCGUGUCCGACUUAGAAAGUGGGUGUAUGAGGACUCUUGAGAAGUUUCCUAUUCUCCGCGCAUGCUUCCCGCAGCUGCAAGGCAAGUUCUGGCAAGUCGUCCCUCGUCAACUAAAUCAGCCCUUUAGCGUCCAUGAUGUCUCAGGGGAUCUAGAGGAAUGCUUCCGGGCCUUUUGUCUCAAGGACGUGAAGACAAUUGCCCCGACUCAGUCACCUGCUGCCUUCAUUGUUUUCAAGCAUGACCACGGUAUGCGCUUGACUCUUCGUAUGUCCCAUGCGCAAUAUGACGCGUUCAGUGCGCCUCUUCUUCUUCAGUCGAUUUUUGAUGGCAAUCAAGGGGAGAUCCCCGCGAAGCCAGCCUUCUCCACAUUCCUGACAUAUGGUGCCCAGCGACGUACCCAAUCAAUUGCCUACUGGAGUCAAUUGCUUCAAGGGUCACGUCUCACUUCGAUUGGGCCCCAUGUUAAACCAAGCACUCCGCCGAAUCCCAUGCCGGAGCCCAUUUUUGCCGGAGGUCAGGCGCGUCUGCCGCAUCGUACCGGCAAAAUUACUCAUGCAACCUUGGUUAGAGCCGCAUGGGCUGUGCUGCUCUUGCGGAUGACCGGUGAAACCGAUGUCAUCUACGGCCAGGUGGUCGCUGGACGUAACGCCGCGAUUCCAGCCGUGGAGAAGAUCGUGGGAUGUUGUCUCAAUAUACUACCUGAACGUGUCGAUUUCUCGACGGUGAAAACUGUCGCAGAGCUGGUAAACGCAGUGCAAGAUCAGUACCUGGCAAUGGGUGAUGCGGAUUCACUCGACUUCAAGGACCUUGUCGAGCAUUGUACCGCAUGGCCGGCGGGGUCGAACUUUGACACAGUCCUCCACCAUCGAAACGUCGAUGAAGAACCUGCGAUCCAGACCCCAGCGGGCAUCUCACGGAUGCAUAUUUUUAAGAACCCGCUCACGUCGCCAUUCAUUUUCAUUGUAUCGGUCUCACGAGGUGAGAAUAUUGGCUUCGACUUUUGGGCCAACACCCAUAUCAUCACCCAAGAGACAGCGACGACGACGGUGAACAAUUUGAUUGCCAUCACUGAGAAGCUGGUUAGUGGCCUGCAUAUGCCUUUGUCGGAAUGGAUCGAAGACAUCAAGUCGUUGGUAUAA